CUUGCUGCAGCUGCGCUUGCUGCUGCUGCGCCUGCUGCUGCUGCGCUUGCUGCUGCUGCGCUUGCUUUCAUACCCCGGAGCGCAAGAGCACGCGUAAGAUCCCGUCGUGUUGGUGCAGAUUUGAGAUCCAUCGGCGCUGCAUGCUUCAACCCCAUUCCCGAGGCCCUCUUGACAUUCAUUUCUGUCUACACAGCUCGCAUGAUCUUGAAGCGAAACCUUAAAGCCGACUGGGCAACUGCAGCGGUAAAGCCCCAGCUCGGUGUGGCACUGAAAGCCAUAGAGAUGCUCGUGCAGAGAAGACACGCAGCAGAAAACAAGGACGCCCGUGCAGGCGGGCAUUCAAGGAGGCGUGAGCAGAGAGAGAACAAGGGAAAAAUACAUCUACAGCAACAUGCAGCACGAUGUGGCCCCGACGACGACUCGUGCGUGGCAGAAGCAGGCGUAUUGGCUACUACAGCGGAAACUGUGCAAGCACAUCGCGUCGGUGGCAUAUUUUUGACUGCCUUUCUGGCAACGAGUUUUACCCGCUUUGCCGGUUCCGUUACUCCGCCCGUCGCCCUCAAAUCCCCACCUGCACGUACACCUGGGAAUCGCAUUAGCCCAAUCAAAAACGUUCUCUGGAGACACAUCAGAGAAGCAGUCUGCAUUGAUAUCGCAGUAUUCUUUGGCGAUGCAGCAGACACCUUGAGUCUUCGGAUCGCUGCUGUAGCUGUAGCUGCUGCUGCUGCUGCACCAAUUGCUGCUGCUGCACCAAUCGCUGCUGCAUCAAAUGCUGCUGCUGUAGCUGCUUCUGCAAAGCCUGCUGCUGAACCAAUUGCUGUUGUGCUUGAACCUGCUGCACAUUCUGUAGCUGAGGACUGUCUUGCUGCGACAGGCAUCGAAGAUCCGCCUAUAUACCCUGCAAACAAGACACGCACUUCCCAGGCACUCUCUCAGUGUGUGUUUGAGGCCGCAAAGGAGACCCCGUGA